AUGACGCAUGAGAAAGGCAUGGCAACGGAGUUUGUACCAAUUGGCCUCGAGUCUAAAGACGAAGAUGCUCCAAUCGGCUCGAACAUGCAUCCUGCGGAACCCGGCUCAAUACGGCGUCUGGAUAAAUAUAUCACGCUGAAGCCCGCAAUCGCUUUUGGAUUGACGGUCCUCGCCUCGUGGGAGGGGAUUGCGAUGACCGUCAAAUCUACUCUCAUAAACGGUGGUCCGACUGCGCUCGUCUACGGGCUUGUACUCGCCGGGUUGGGGACUCUCGCGCUUGCUGCUUCGCUGGCCGAACUGGCUUCCAUUCAUCCGUAUGUUGGGGCGCAGUACCGAUGGACAGGUAUGUACGCUCCUAGGGCAAUGACUCCUGCGUUUUGGAGUUUGAUGCAAGGCUGGCUCACCCUGUUUUCAUGGAUCGGCCUUUGCGCCACUAUACCUUUCCUGAACGGCACUACUAUCCAAGGUCUCAUAAUUCUCAACGUUGAGAGCUACGUGCCUCAGCGUGUGCAUGGUACAUUACUGAUGUGGGCCUUUUGCUUAGUCCCAUUUGUCUUCAACAUUUGGGCCAGAAAAGCGCUGCCGCCGAUUGAAAUUGCUGGUGGAAUACUUCAUAUCCUCUGCUUCAUUGUUAGCAUAGUCGUUCUGGUGGUUAUGGCGCCGAAAAAGUCUGCCGAAUUUGUCUUUACCGAAUCGUUCUUCGGACGAAGUGGGUGGGACAGCUUCGACGGCGUGAUUCAUCUAAGUGAUGAAAUUACAGAUGCGCCGAGGAAAGUCCCACGAGCUAUGAUGUGGGCAGUGGUCCUUAAUGCCAUCAUGGCUCUGGGUUUCGUGAUAGCAAUGCUGUUUUGCAUUGGGGACGUCGACGCCGUCACCAAUACCCCAACUGGGUAUCCAAUCAUCGCGAUCUACUACCAAGCGACCAAAUCGAAAGCCGCUACGAAUGUUCUGGUCGCCAUGAUAUCCUUGCUUCAGUGCAUUUCCCUAUUCGGGGUAUAUGCAUCUGUAUCUCGACUAGCAUGGACGUUUGCAAAGGAUAAAGGCCUUCCGUUCUCUGAUUUUUUUGCCCGUGUUCAUCCCACGCUCCGCAUUCCUCUUAACUCGCUUGGUCUGGUAACCCUUCUAUCCGCCCUGCUCGGCCUAAUCAACAUCGGUAGCACGGAAGCUUUCAACGCGAUCCUCUCCCUUACAGCCGUCGGCCUGUACGCAUCAUAUGUGAUACCGGUACUCUUUGUCAUCAUACGUAAACUUGAAGGGCGACCCCCGGUCUACGGCCCGUUUCAACUCGGUCGCUGGAGCCUCCCUAUCAACUGCUUCGGCUUCGCUUUCGGUGUGUUUAUGGUCGUCAUGCUCCCGUUCCCGCCCUUUCAGCCUGUCACGGCGGUCAACAUGAAUUACGCAGGGCCGAUUCUGGUGGCGGUUAUCCUGCUUGCUCUAGUUGAUUGGUUCGUCAGCGGACGCAAGCGCUUUGUGGUUCCGACAAGCAAGACGGAGUUUCAGGGUAACACUUGA